AUGAGAAGAUUUAUCAUCGUUUUUGUAGCUAUAGCAGCUUGCAACGGUUUCAAUAUUUUCAGACCCACAAAACCGACUUAUUACAAGGGACUUGAGUCAGAUGCAAAAAUCAUCGCCCAAGAUUUAUCGAUUGAUCCAGAUGGAAGUUAUCAUUACAAAUACAAAACUGAAAAUGGAAUAUAUGCAGAUCAAUCAACGUUCAUCAACAAACAAACCUCUAAGAAAAGGUUGAUUUACACCACCGGAAAAUUCCAUUGGACUUCACCUGAAGGACAGCUGGUUAAAAUUGGUUACAUUGUUGAUGAAAAUGGUUACCAACCGGAAGGAAACGUUCUUCCAACUCCUCCACCGAUACCAGCCCCAAUAUUGAAAGCAUUGAAAUACAUCGAAAGUAAAAAACAACAAUAA